AUGUCGUCCGAAACCAAAUCCUCCGCCGCCACGAACGUCGCGAAACCACGGCGUAGGAGAAAGAAGAGGAAGAUGAUGAAUCCAACGCCGGUUGCAGAACCGACCUCGAUCUCUUCACUUCCUUACGAUUUGCUAUUGAGUUGCAUCGCCCGCAUUUCUAGAUCCUACUAUCCAACUCUCUCGCUCGUCUCCAAGAAUUUCCGAUCCAUCGUUGCUUCGCCGGAGCUAUACCAGACCAGGUCGCGCUUAGGCCUCACCGAGAGCUGCCUCUACCUGUGCUUGCGCUACCCUCGUGUCCCUGUCACGUCUUGGUUCACUCUCUGCCGGAAACCUAACCGAACCAUAACCGGCAAUUCAAGUGGCAAUCUUUUCAUCCCAAUCCCAUCUCCAAACUUCCCUCCUGCGGAAUCGACGAGCAUCGUCGCGAAAUCGACGAGCAUCGUCGCCGUUGGCUCUGAGAUCUACAAAAUCGGCGGGUGUAUGCGCCAUUCUUCUAGAGUCUCGGUCCUUGACUGUCGGUCCCACACGUGGCGCAAGGCUCCGAGAAUGCGAGUGAAGCGGAGAUCCCCAACAGCAGGCGUAGUUGAUGGGAAGAUAUACGUAGCGGGAGGCUGCAAAGACGUGACUUGUUCCAGCUGGGUCGAAGUGUUUGAUCCAAAGACCCAAACUUGGGGAAAUGUGACGAACCCUGGCACCGGGCUACGCAGUGACGUUGAAGUCCUAAGCUUAGGAAAUGGAGGAAAGUUCUAUGUGGUUGGGUAUGGUUGGAGGAAAGUUUACAAUCCCAAGGAAGCUAGAUGGAACCCCAUAGGAUUAGAUAUGGCUGACGUAGUAAUCCGUACUUAUGGCGUGGUAGACGACAUGUUGUUCCAUUGGAAUAACGGAGUGUUCACUUGGUAUGACUCUAAGGCAAGUUUAUGGAAGAAACUGAAUGGUGUUGAUGGGUUGCCAGAUUUUCGCCACCGUGGGCAUUGUAAAAUGGUGGAUCUUGGUGGGAAGAUGGCUCUUUUGUGGGAAGAUUGGGAGCUGGACAAUAGUGUGGUUCGGUGUGCUGUGGUUGCGCUUGAAAGGCGCGAUGGAGACGAGAUGUGGGGGAAUAUUGAGUGGUGCGAUGUUGUGUUUACACUCGACAGGUCAUGUUCCUUGUUCGAUGUGGAUGUUCGUUCUGCUUCUGUCUGA